UCUGAUUCUCCAAAUUUAAAACUUGAUCAUGCACAGCAAUGCACCGUUUCUCAGAUAGACUAUCUUCUUGACAAUUCUGACAUAUGUCCAGUGUUCAGAAUGAAGCUUAGUUCUGAAGAAAACCUCAAUUUUUAUGGAAGUGUUGGCUGAAGAAAAUUCUGUAUUGAAUUACCAUUGGAAUAAUUAUUCCAGUGGAAUUAUGAGAGCAGUCAUCUAUCCAAUUGCAUCAAUGUGGGUAUCAGUUGUAUGUUUUUUAUAUAAUUGGUAUCUCAAAAUGACAAAAUACAUAUAUACUGGACAUAUCAGUACUAAAAAUUCUCUCAUUUCUAUCUGUUGUACAGAAUCUUUAUUACUUGUUGUCACUUUUGACAAUUAUCUUUACAGGUCAUUUGUAUGUUUAGAUCUUUUCACAUGGAUCUAAUCCAAUCAGAUUACGUAUUUACCAGUGAAACACAAGACUUCCUGACUAAUCUAGCUGGUACUCUCCUGGAAAACUUUCCAUAUGGGCCUGAUUUUCAAGGAGCUUCUUGGACUCCUGUUAACAUUGCUGCCUUCUUCAUAAACAUUUCUCUCAUCAUUUUCUUUUGGAUGUAUGUUCUAGAUGUGAGGCAUAGAUUACAUGGGAAAUUUCUACAAGAAGAGUCAAUAGCUGCAACUCUGAAGCACUAUACAGAGGACAAUCAGAUAUUCUUCAAAAAACUACAUGAUUUUGAAGUGAAGCUCGGGUGCAUAAAGAAUGUUUUUGAAGAGAUCAACAAGACAAAUAAAAUUGUCUGCGAGGAAGUGAAGAAAAUUAAGGCUGUAUUACCAUCACACUGUGGCCUGGGAGACUCGCUACCAAGAAGUUGUUCUCCAGAAGAAUCUAAAAAAUAUCAGGGAGAUGAAGACUCAUUGCAGUCUACGAAAGAAGCAUUGGAAUCAGAAAUGAAACAGCUACAAAUGAAGAGAGAAAUGCUCCAGGAAGCAUAUGAACAGAGGAAGACAGCAAUCCAAGAGAAUGUGGAAAGGAAAAUGCAGGAGCAUCUGGAAAGUGAGAGGCAGCUACUAGCCAUACAGAAGAAGUUGAAGUCGGCUACGGAGGAGGCACAGAAAUACAAGGGAAGAAUGGGAGAACUGGAGGAAGAUCUGCGGCAGUCAGAGCGCACUUUCAUACGCCAGGUAGCAUCAGCCUGUCAGUCGGGGAGACCUCCUCAUCACCUGAUGCAAGUGAUCACAAUGGGGCUCAGAAUCCCGAAACAUAUGCUUUUUGAUGUGUUUUAUUUUCAGAGCAUCCUUCAUGAGAAGCAGGCUCACGACUACUGGGUUAAUAUGGCCCACUCCUCUCCAAGAAUCACCCCUCAUGGACCACCACAUGAGAGGCCCUUGCUCACCAAUGCCAAGAUCUGGGCUGCCUCCUCCAACCUGGUGGCUCCACGGGCCUCGGCUGCGACCUCCACCUCCACCUCCAUCUGGAUGUGUAACUCCACCUCCACAUCCAACUGGGCUGCCACCUCCAACCUCAAUUCCACCUGGACCUCCACAUUCAACUAGACAUCCUCCUUGUGGACAACGAACUGGACCUCCACAUUCAACUAGACAUCCUCCUUGUGGACAACGAACUGGACCUCCACAUUCAACUAGACAUCCUCCUUGUGGACAACGAACUGGACAUCCGCCUACACCUGCAUCUCUUCCAUUUGGUAUAAACUCCCCAACAGUAGGAACGGUUUUGUAAAACACGUCCAAAUUUCCCUCAUCCAUACCUAUUGACAAUGUUAGAGUUGCCACAGCAAGAUUUGCAGUGUGAGAGCACACCUGGCUGAGCACCUAGUAACAUUCCUCCUGUUUAUUAGGACACAUGGUGGGUGACAGCAUUUCCCCACAAUGAGCAGGUGUCCUUUGUAGAAAAGGAAAGAGGACCUAUAGAGAAACACACAAACAUCUGUUCUGCAGCUAUGUGCUUGACAUCUGCCUCAUGCUAGGCUCUGUGUUGGACAAAUCACACCCCUGUCUGCAAGGCAUGCAUGAAUUCCAUGCAGAGUUGACACAUGAAUGUUUAAAUGGCACACUAGUGUACACUGGAAUUGUCUUCAUCAAAAUUCCUUUGCUACUAUCAAUACGUCAGUUGGUAAAUGAAAUAAGGAUCAAUUUUUCUCUUUGAAUUCAGAAGCUUCUUAAUUGGUGUGAGAAAGAAUGCCCUGGGAGGUUGGGGAAUAUAUUUUUCUUUAGACAGGCUCCCAAUGUAUCUAUAAGUUAAGAUAAAAUCUAGUUCAGAAGGGGAGACCCUUAGUGCAAUUCCAUGCCCCUAGUGAGAUGCUACAACUUAACCUCUCUAUCUCUCUCGCUUCUCAGCAUUCCCACCCUUGACUCUAAAGUUUGCAUCUCCUAAACAUAACAUAAAAUACCUGGAUUCCUUGCCAGAGUUCUUGCUGUCCCAGCCCUAAGACCUACUUCUGUGGGGACUACAUAGAGCAUCUUCUAUUUUAUGCAACAAAUGGUAAUAGUGUUAAUUCUAUAAAGUCAUUUUGAGGAAGAACAGAUCAAGUAUUAAAAGUACCUGACAAAAUACUCAGUACAGGAUAGGCACUCACACAUCUCACAGCUUAAGUGAAAUGACUCACCAAGUUCAUCAAAAGAAAAAGUCUAUAGGAAGCACUAAAGACACACUGAAAUAAAAAAUAAUUUUGCCUUGCAGGAGAAUCGUUCCAAGACAGGAAGGGGGACCGUCAGUGUUGGUGAGCCAGCUGGGGAUGUCAUAAACUUGUAUCUGAUACUAUGUUCAGGUGUGAUCCAUAACUUUUAAUCUGCAAUCCCCUCUCCUUCAUUUCCCUCCAGAUCUGAUCAACCUGGUGAGAACCCACUGACUAACCUACCUUCCUUGGAGAUACCAACCCUGCCCACAGGUGGGAAUCCUCACCUGGCUGAAGCCCUAACCACGAUAAAAACCCAAGACAGCCCCCUUGCAGACUCUAAGCCAUUUAAGAGCUUCUUGAGAGCAUUGUCUUUCUGUGUCCAGGCUUUAAUGAUGCAAGUAAUAAAAGAUUUAA